UUUGGUGCACUUUGGUGAUCCGGAUUUCUUAAUUCAUAUUUUCAUGUAAAUACUACGCGUUUUCAAUAAAUUUAACGAAAGUAGAGAUAUAGAUAGAAUUCGAAUAAUUUUAUGUGAAAUAGGUCAAUAGCAUCAAGCGCUAUACGAUUGCGUAAUGUCGUUGUUUUCUAUAGUUUUCGAGUUUGCGCACUGGAUCAUUACUGCAAAUAUCAAUACUUCACUAUGCAAGACCCAUAAUCGCUAUAUUAAAAUGCGCAUGCGUUAUAUGUCCUUAGAUAACAGCGAAAAAAUCACUACACAAACCCCACGUAGCAUACAUAAGUGGGAUAAAUUAUCUAAAGUUCGUAAACUAAGUAUGCUAUUGCUAGUUAUUGUUUGACAAUGUCUAUAACAAUUACAAAUUUUGAAAGAUGUUGCCGACUUUGCGCAGAAGAACAGGAAGUGACAAUAAUGCUAUUCAGUGAGGAAGCUGAGGCAAUGCUGCUCAAAAAAAAGUUAAACAAAUACUUGUUGAUUGAGGUUGAGGAAGAUGACAAAUUACCUAAGAAUAUUUGUAUCAAAUGUUGCUCUAAACUGCAAACAGUUUGUGAAUUUAUUGAUAAAGCCCUCCAAGCACAGGAGAUAUUACAAAAUUACAGUCUUGCUUUGAACCAGCCUGAAGAGCCAGUAAAAGUGAUAAAAGUUAUAAAACAAGAGUAUGAUAGUGACGAUGAAGUUAAAUUUGCAACUAUGGAAAUCAGUGUUGAUCCAAUGGUGGUCCUACAGAACUCAGAAGACACCCAAGAGGAAUCAUCAAAUCCAAACACAGCAGAAAACAGUGAAUCCGAGGAUCAAGACGUAACACAUCUUCACAGUGUUGAUGGAGAGGAUGUGACAAUAAAGCUGAUUAAAAAAGGGGAUAAGACUGAAGACCUGGCUGAACAAAGUGAGAGUAUUAUAAAACCUUUUCCUUGCUUGACUUGCCACAGAGGUUUUCAUACAGAGUUGGCUCUGAGAAGCCAUUUGUGGACUCAUAAACCAGAAACAACUCCCACAUCAAGUAACCCAAACACAUUCAAAUGUACCAUUUGUCGGGAACAGUUUGAUUCUAAAAUACAAUUUUUGGAACAUCUAAAGAUUCAUAAUACACCCGGCAUGUGCAAAUUAUGUGGAAGAAGAUUUAGAACAGAAGCUAAUUUAGAGGCUCACUUGGAAACACAUAAAUCAACCACAGGCAAAUCAUACCCGUGCAAAGUGUGUGGACGUUCUUACAACACAAGUAGCAAUUUGAAAACACACAGUGUAACCCAUAGUAAUGAAAGACCAUACCAAUGUCAGUAUUGCAGAAAAUGCUUUAAAAGAAAUCAAGAUUUGAAGUUCCAUAUAAAUCAACAUACUGGAGCGAAACCCUACAAAUGUCCAUUUUGUGACAAACGUUUCGCCAGCUCAGGCAACUGCUACUCGCACAAGAGUCGCAUGCACCCCGGACGACGCUCGGAGAGCAUAGUUAGAACACGUGAUGGAAAUGGUAAAAUGAUAGAAGCUAUGCGGGAAGCGAAGAGCAGAAAAAUCGAAGCUCUGCGUGAAAGGAAAAUUAAACCAGACAUUGCGACUCGGAGUGGUCAAGCUAUGCAGUUUCGAGCUAUAGCACCCAGACCUGUAUACAAUGCCAAGGGACCCUUGAAAUACCAGUGCACGUUGUGCGAACAUAGCUUCCUGAAAAGGGACAAUUUUACAUAUCACAUGUACCAGCACACAGGGGAAAAACCGUUUAAUUGCUCGUACUGCAGUGAAAAGUUCGUAACCAGACGAGGUCUCGCCAUACACCACGACCGCUCGCACCCCAGCAUCGACCGCCCGCUCGCUUUGUUGACGAGAAAUGUUUUACUCAAGUAACAGUAUUGCUGAAUUGUAUUAGAUUUAUUCAAUGUAUGGUAGAUACGCGAUUUUUAGUUUUUUUCGUGACAUUCAGAGUUUUUUUGCUCGUGUGAAACGUUUGUAACCAGAUGAGGUCUCACCAUAAGCCAUCACUGUUCGCACCCCGGCCGGUCUCUUUGUUGACGUGAAAUGUUUUACUCAAGUAACAGUAUUGUUUAUGUAUUACGCAAAUGUAUUCGAUUUAUUGUGUCCAUAUGUAUUAUGCACUAAGAGGUUUUAGAUUGCAACACCAUUUUAGUUAAGGACAUGUCCCAAUUUUGUAUGGAGACUGGGCCUUUAUUAUAUUAAGUAUGUCGUUGGUCGCAGGCUAGUCAGGUGAAAUUCGUUAUCAACCCAUAUUCGGCUCACUUCUGAACAAUAUUGUUUAGGUAUUACUCAAAUUUAUUAGAUUUAUUGUGUCCAUAUGUACUUAGAGGUUUCAGAUUGCCACACUAUGUUAGUAAAAUUAGACAAUUAGCGCCCGAUCAUAUGCCAUUAAUCUUUGAAACCCUUUGUUGAUGCUUCUAACAUUUGAUGUGCAAUUGUAUAGUUUUAAUUUUUUUGUAUAACCUUAUAGUAUAUCGACGGCCCCUAUGUAUAGUCCCAUAAUAUAGUAGAUACGCGACUUUCAGUUUUUUUUUGUGAGUUUAGAAACAGUUUUAUUACUCGUACUGCAAUCAAAAGUUUGUAACCAGAUGAGGUCUCACCAUACCAGGGCCGAUGAUUUCUAACAACCCGAUUCCUAUCGGUUUACUUUUAUUUAACGUGCUCAUCCAAAACAAAUGAGUCUACAAAAUUUCAGUCUUCGCUACUGCACCAUACACCAUGACUGAGUACUAGUGGGAGUUUCACGUUGACGUAAAACGCAAACUUAUAUGGAAUUGAGUUGUGCAGUAGUGCCACUAGAUGGCGCUGUUUCAAUUCCUUAGUAAUUCGCGUUUACGUUAACGCGAUCGUCACAGUAUCAAACUGCUACUAGGCCCUCUGUUCGCACCUCGGCCGCUCACUUUGUGGACGCGAAAUGUUUUACACAAGUAACAGUAUUGCUGAUAUUGUGUUUAUAUGUAUUAAGAGGUUUCUGAUUGCAAAAUCAUUUUAGUGAAAUUUGACUAGCCAUUCAUCUUCUUUGUUGUAAUUAAUUAAGUUAUGACUGUUUCAUGUUCUAUUUUUUCGAAUUACAAUAUGCUGUGGAAUAAUAUAUCACGAUUGAUGUUUUAUAAUAAUAAAAUGGCAACAUGUUAAAUUAAUUAUAAACAACUGUGUUGUUCAGCUUGCAAGUAAAGCUUUUUCAUGUUGAUGCUUUUUCAUGUUAAUUUAUAUGCAUUUUUUUUAAACCUUGUAUUAUAUAUCAAGUUUUUUUACAAUUUCAUUUUAUAAAUUACAGUAUAUUUUAAUAUACAGGGUGUUGCGGGGUAUGUCCUAUAAUUUCAAGGUGUUGACAGGUUCACUUAUAUGAGCCGAACUGCAUAACAAAAUUUAUUUCAACUAAAAAAAAUAUGUUUCCUACAAAUUAAUUCAAAUAAUUCCGACUAUCCAUCUAACACACGCCUUUAUCUGUCUUUGCAUUUUAAAAUACGUUAUCGUAGUGGUAAGACUGUCGAUAUCGACAAGAUAUUGCAGCUGGCACUUUGCACUUCACUACUAAGCUACUUUAUGGUUGGCUAGGUAAUAUAAGGAUAUAUGGGACACAAUUUAACAUCUUGCUAAAGAAAUAUUUAUUACUAAGAAAAUAUUCAUUUUAGAUCACAUGUUCCUUAGACAUUUUUAAUUAAUUUUCAUUAAAGAAUAUAACCCUAGAGUUAUGGGAAAUACUCCGAGCAUCCUGUAUAGUCAAAUCAGAAGUAGAUUUAUUAAAAAAAAAAAACUUUUUGUUUAGUCACGCCGUCGCUCAAGACUUGUACGUUGUACGUACGUACUAAUACGUUGGUACUCGUAGUCAACGUUUACUUGCCGUUGAAACGUGUUGGAAAAUGAUGUGUGUAAAGGGUGUCCCGUAAUUAAUGGAUCAAACAAAUAGUUGGUGUUUAACCCGCUUGUGUUUGUGAUUGCAUAGAUUAAGAGUUCCUUGGAUAUCUGUUUCGGGCCUGGUAUUAACCUGACGAAGCGCAGUGAAGCGUGUUUGUAACUUUCACACUAUUAUUGACUUUGCAUAUAUUGAAAUGAAGUGGUAUUAACAUCUAUGCUCUACUAUAGGGGAGUAAUUCCCUUGCUUAUGCCUUUAUCACUGGCACUUGCUUGACACAUUAUUUAAUAAAAAAAAUUACAUAGUCAACAACCAUGAGGAAGGCUUAGGAGGUCGGUGUCAAUGCCAAUGUACUUAUUCUACGAAUAUUAAUUUCAGUCAGUAAAAUGACAUUUCAGAGACAGUUGCACUUGACAUUUUACUAGUAAAAUGACAUUACAGUGACAGUUGUACUUGUCAUUUUAUUGACUGGAAUUAAUAAUCGUAGAAUAGUUGGAGUUACGUUGGUACCUACACUCUUGAGUGUAGUAUAUGUACAUACACGUUAAUGUAAUGAUAUAAAAUAUGUAUAGAUUGAACUGAAGUAUUAAUUGUGUUAUAUUUUGAUGUAAUUACACAUAAAUUCCAAAGAUGAUAUGUAGAUACUUAAAUAUAAUAAAGGUAUGAGUAACGAA